UCAGUGGUCUGUGAGCCAUAGAUUCUCACUAUAAAAUAUCAAUCUCUAUACGUAUUUCCUCGAUUUGAAAAGUUGCUGUAGAAUGUACACGUAUGUGUUGGCUUAUUAGAACAAUUAGUAAUGUGCAAGGGACGAAUUGUUUCAUUAUGAUAAUAUGAAUAAAAUAGAAUGGGAGCGAGUAAAAAAUGGAUGUCAAUUGUUGCGAGGAAUGGACGAUAUGAAUUUCGGCUGGUCAAGCUCUUGUGAAUUUAUUUAAGGCUUUACAAAUUGUGUCGGUUUUCACCAAAAAUAAGAAAGAAUGGAACAAUUUGUUCGUGGACAAUUUGGACGUGGAUUGCUGCUUGUGAUGAGGGGCUGCCAGCAAUUACCAUUGCCCAAACCUUACAAGGCAGAAAGAUAUGGGCUUCUAAUUCCAUUGAAACGAAGCACCUUAUUUUCCCGCCGUGAAAUAAGCCAUUCGGUGUUACACAGUAUUCUGAAGCCUGAGUCAGUCUUGUUCUGUAGGAAUCCUGCAUUCCAGCACACUAUUCCAUCUCGUGGUUAUGCAAUGGUUGUUGCACGGAUUUUAAGAGGGGCCCUUAAAAUUCGGUACUUAAUCUUAGGUGGUGCCCUGGGUGGAGGAAUGACAUUGCAAAAGACAUAUGAACACUGGAAGGAAUCCCUUCCGGAUAUGAAAUGGCUGAAUGAAUAUCUCCCAGACUCAGAGCAGUGGGACUCCUUCAGAGGAGUGCUUGUUGGAAUGAAGGACAAAGUUAAGGACAGCAUUAACAUAGAUCCUAGAUUGAAAACAUAUGGAGAAGUAAAGUACAGGAAUUUCCGAGACUGGUUCGACGAGCGAUUAGAUGCUGCCAUUGAAGCAGCUGAGAAGUCAGAGCUUGAUUCCACGUUUUCCCACAGUCUCCAAAGCUUGUCAGCGAUAGUUGAAAGCCUUUAUCCAGAACAACCUCCAGAUGUCAAAAUGAAUGCGAUUGCAUUUUCAAAGCCAGUGUCAGAGCAAAUUGAAGAUCGUAGACAGAAAGGUGCAGAAACCAUGCAGCAACGAAUGGAUCGCCUUCAGGAUGAACUGAUAAAGGUCCAGAUCAAGUACCAAAGAGAAUUAGAGCAUUUAGAGAGAGAGAAUAAGGAAUUAAGGAAACAGCUACUUCUCUACAGAGCAAAUAAAGCAACAUCCAAGAAAGUCAAGAAGUCGCUGAUUGACAUGUACUCGGAUGUACUCGAUGAACUCAGUGAAUAUGACUCCAGUUACAACACGCAGGAUCAUCUGCCGAGGGUUGUAGUCGUUGGGGAUCAAAGUUCAGGCAAGACAUCUGUACUUGAGAUGAUCGCUCAGGCACGAAUCUUCCCCAGAGGCGCAGGUGAGAUGAUGACCAGAGCUCCAGUAAAAGUGACGCUGAGUGAAGGACCUUACCACAUUGCACAGUUCCGUGACAGUGCAAGAGAAUUUGAUUUAACAAAGGAAUCUGAUCUUGCAGAGCUGCGUAAAGAGGUUGAGAUCCGGAUGAAGAACAGUAUUCGAGAUGGCAAGACUGUUAGUAAUGAUGUGAUCUCAAUGUCUGUCAAAGGCCCUGGCCUGCAGCGGAUGGUGCUGGUUGAUCUCCCUGGAAUUAUUAGUACUGUGACAUCAGACAUGGCAAGUGACACAAGGGAAGCCAUCAAGCAGAUGACACAGCACCACAUGUCGAACCCAAAUGCUAUCAUCCUGUGCAUUCAGGAUGGGUCAGUAGAUGCAGAGAGAAGCAAUGUCACAGACUUGGUGUCCCAAAUGGAUCCUCAAGGGAAGCGCACAAUAUUUGUUCUCACAAAGGUGGACAUGGCUGAGGAAAACCUUACAAACCCUGACAGAAUAAAGAAGAUACUUUCUGGAAAGCUGUUCCCAAUGAAGGCAUUAGGAUACUUUGCAGUUGUAACAGGUCGAGGGAAGAAGGACGACUCCAUUCAGUCCAUCAGAGAGUACGAAGAGAAGUUUUUCCACAAUUCACGCCUAUUUAAGGAUGGUGUGAUAAUGUCUGGCCAGGUGAUGACUCGUAAUCUUAGCCUUGCUGUGUCAGAAUGCUUCUGGAAGAUGGUGCGUGAGACAGUAGAGCAGCAGGCUGAUGCUUUCAAGGCUACACGCUUCAAUCUUGAGACUGAAUGGAAGAAUAACUUUCCCAGAUUGAGGGAACUAGACCGUGACGAGUUGUUUGAGAAAGCUAGAGGAGAAAUAUUGGAUGAAAUAAUCAAUCUAAGUCAAGUUUCACCCAAAGACUGGGAAGAACUUCUCAUGAAGAAAAUGUGGGACAAAGUCUCGAUGCAUGUAUUUGAAAACAUCUAUCUCCCUGCAGCACAGACUGGCAACACAAGUACUUUUAACACAACGGUUGACAUCAAGCUGAAACAGUGGGCAGAACAGCAGUUACCUCAGAAAUCAGUGGAAUCAGGCUGGGAGGGUUUACAGACUGAGUUUCAGCACUUCAUGGAACGUGCAAAGAACAGACCUGAUCAUGAUGGCAUCUUUGACAAUCUCAAGACAGCUGUUGUGGAUGAAGCUAUGCGCAGGCAUUCAUGGGAAGAUAAGGCAUCAGAGAUGUUGCGAGUGAUACAGUUGAACACACUGGAGGACCGGUCAGUGAAUGAGAAACAGCACUGGGAUUCGGCUGUGAAAUUUCUAGAGAACAGUGUCAAGGAGAAACUUCAGGCAACAGAGAUGAUUCUGCGAGAGAUGUUUGGCCCAGGAGCAAAGGAGAGAUGGCUGUACUGGAAGUACCAAACUGAAGAUCAGAUUAAAAGAAGUCAUGUGAAGAAUGAAUUGGAGAAGUUUCUGUUAGCAGAUUAUAAGCACCCUCCAUCCCUGAGUUAUGAUGAGAUAAUGACAGUCAGAAAACUCAUGGAGCGGAACAAUAUAGAUGUGGACAGUGAAUACAUUCGUGAGACUUGGCAUCCAAUUUACAGGAGACAUUUUCUGAAACAGAGCCUGGCACGUGCAUAUGACUGUCGCAAGGGCUACUACUUGUACCACCAGGGACUGGAGUCAGAGGUGGAUUGUGCUGAUGUCGUUCUCUUCUGGAGGAUUCAGCAAGUGCUCAAGGUGACAGCCAAUGCGCUCAGGCAGCAAGUCAUGAACAGAGAAGCACGUCGCUUGGAUAAAGAGAUCAAAGAUGUUCUGGAAGAUUACAGCCAAGACGCAGAGAAGAAAUUGAAACUGCUGACUGGACGAAGAGUUACACUGGCAGAAGAACUGAAACGAGUUCGGCAGAUCCAAGAGAAACUGGAAGAGUUUAUUCAAGCUCUUAACCAUGAAAAGUAGUGAAAUGAAAUGAUGUACAGGCUUCUGUAAUGCACCUUUGUAACUGAGCUUUAAAUACUAACACAGUUGCAGUUUGCACAAUAACAAGAAUUGUUAUAUAACUAUUGUAAAUUUUCUUCAUGUGUUCAUAAAUAUAGAUAAGACUAAUGAGACAUGUA